AUGAUGGAUGAAACUUCAGACACUUCGAAUAUUUCACACCCCCCAGCAGUUAAAGCUGGAAAGAUGAGAAUUGUACAACAUGUAAAACAUGAUGCAACAGUUGAAGUUAGGUGCGAAGAGGAUUCUCCACACGAACUACUUACUAAGGAGGAACUUGAAUAUCACGACAGGUGUGUCAAAGCUUGUCAUGAUAAGCCAAUGCCAACAGUUACUAAACCUCAUAACGAUAAUACUAAACGUAUUAUCCAACAACCUUUGAAGUGA